CACAGGUACAGCAGAGUCGCGCGCACCCAGCCGGCCAACCGACAGCAACCAGGCGCUCCUGGCCUCUAGCGCUCUCGCGACACGGCGCAUGCCCAGCCCCCUCAUUCCGUUAUGGCGGCGCGGUCUGGUUGAAGCGGAGCUGCCUGACAUUCAUUGCAGACAAGGCAGCGGGUGGUGACCGAAGGGGGAGAGAGAACGGACAAAAGGACAUUGGGAACUGUUUUCAUUUCAAAGUAAAAAAAAAAAAAAAAAAUCAGAACAAACGCACAAUAAAUAAAAGGAAAGCGAGAGUCGUACACGAAAUCACAUGAAAGUUGCUUUUGGCAGAAGUUCGGCCAUCUCUUCCAGCACUCCGGCGUAAGACAUUGCGGUGUGGUGCUAUCAAUGAAUGAACAUUCCAAACAUGAUGGCUGACCAGCUUCCUUCACUGGAAGCUACAACUUUGCUCAGUGAAGUACCAAUUCUACCUCACAUGCUUAACCCAGACAGUGCACAACAGGUAAUCCUGGUACAAGUGAAUCCUGGUGAAACUUUUACUAUUCGAACAGAAGAUGGGCAUAUCCAGUGCAUACCAGGUCCUGCACAUGUCCCUAUGAUGUCACCAAAUGGUUCUAUGCCUCCAAUUUUUGUGCCUCCAGGAUACAUGUCUCAGGUUGUGGAAGAAAAUGGUGUGCGCAAAGUAAUAGUGCUACCCCACACGGCUGACUUCCACCACUCUGUAACACCUGCACCACCACAUCUUACACACUAUCUGCAUCCUCAUCCCACCAUGUUACACCAUUAUCAUGUUUAUCCUGCAGUACCAGGCAAUGGCGAACUGCCCUAUCAUUUUAUGCACCAGCCUGCUUUGCAGCAUAUCUACACAGAGCAAGAAGCGAUGGCCCUUGGAAGGAGCAGUCUCAUUCCUAGAGAUGAGCGUACCCUAAAAAUGCAGGAGCAUUUACGAAAAAGGCUAAAAGACAAGCAACUGGGCUUUUCCAACAGCAACAAGCUGAGCAGUCCCCCAUUAUCUCCAUAUAAGAUGCACCAUGAAGGACAGAAUGGCUAUGGCAAGGGACAUUUGAUGACAGCUAUGCCUCCCAGGCCAAUAAAACCCAAAUACAUUGGCAGAACAAGAAGCACCUCACCAGCUGAAGAUGAAAGUUCAGAAUCUGAGGUGGAAGUGAAAACGGUAGAAGAUCAUCUUGUCAACAUAAGUAAACCCACAAUUUCAGAUAUUCAAUCCCGAACAGCAGUCUUGUCCUGGCAUUCUCCUGUUAAUGUACAGAAUGGAGAGUUAAAUGGCACACCUGCUGCUCCCUCCAUCACCUUUGAUGUUAUGCUCUCCAACAGUGGCAGAGAUGAAAGUUAUAAAUCUAUAUACACAGGAAAAGAAGUGACUUUCACACUACGAGAUCUACAACCUGCAACUGAAUAUCAUGUCAGGCUUUUGGCAUCUUGUGGUUCAGCAAAAAGUCCUCUUUCAGAUGUUGUCAGUUUUAAAACUGAAUGCUGUGAGCCAGAUGUCCCUGCUGUACCUAAACUCUUUAACAGGACCAAAAAUUCACUUUUCUUGCAAUGGAAGGCUCCUACAGAUAACGGCUUGAAAAUAACCGGGUAUGUUUUGGAGUUUGAUGAGGGCAAGGGAAGUCCCUUUAAAAUGUGUUAUUCUGGGCCCUUGAAGCAGUAUAAACUCAGCAAAUUAUCUCCUUUAACAAGAUAUUCUUUUAGACUAGCUGCUAAAAGUGAUGCUGGGAUAAGCAAUUUCAGCAAAGUGAUUACUUACAGUACUGCUGGCAGUGUUCCACCAGCUCCAGGUCCUCCACAACUAUUACGAGCAGGAGUAACUUGGUUGUCACUUGAAUGGAGUGCUCCAACUGGGUCAUCUGGAGAUGAAGCACUAACGUAUAUUCUAGAGAUGGAAGAAGAGGCUACGGGCUAUGGGUUCAAACCCAAACACAAUGGAGAAGACCUGUCUUUCAUAGUGAGGGGUCUGAGAAGAAGCACUUCAUACAAGUUUAGGGUGUUGGCAUGCAACAGUGAGGGCAAGAGCCAUUCCAGUGAGGUGGUGGAAUACAGUACUAUUCCUGACAAGCCAGAUGCCCCCAGUCGGCCAAGCACAAAAGGAAGGAUCCAUGCCCGCUGCCUAAAAAUUGUCUGGGAUCCACCUAAUGAUGAUGGAGGAGCAGUUGUUUCCAAAUAUGUUUUGGAGAUGUCAGGAGGCUUAAAUGGCAACAAAUGGGACACUGUUUACAACGGUAGUCUUAGGGAACAUCUCUGUGAUCAUCUGACUCCUGGAACCUGGUACAGAUUCAGGGUUUAUUGUAUGAGCAGUGGCGGACAAAGUCAGGUAUCUGAAGUUUUUGUUGUUCAGACAGCUGCAGCUCCACCUGGCCAGUGUCAGCCUCUGUGUCUAGUAGGGAGAGCAAAGCCUAGGGAAUUACCACUGCAAUGGGUUGCUCCAUCUUCAAAUGGAGGUUCUGCAAUCACAGAAUAUACAGUAGAAAUAUGUGAAAAAGAAAGUGGUAAAAGAGUCCAGAUCUAUCAGGGCCCUGAGACAGAGUUCACUGCUAGCAACUUGUUACCUGGGCAAACAUACUGCUUCUGGGUGAAAGCAUCAAAUCAAGCAGGGUCUGGACCCUUCUCUGAUGUAUCUCAAAUUUCAACUGCUCCUGAGCCACCUGAUCAAUGUUUGCCCCCCUAUUUAACUGUAAGAGCAGCUACUUGUGUGGUAGCAAGUUGGGAGGCUCCAUCAUGCAAUGGUGCAGAGGUUACAGAAUACAGAUUAGAGUGGGGUGUAGCUGAGGGCUGUAUGCAAGUGAUUUACACUGGAUCAUCUUUGUCUUUUGAAGUAAAGGGACUCAUUCCUGCAACAACCUAUUUCUGUCGUGUUCAGGCAAUAAAUAUUGCUGGUGCAGGCCUGUUUGGGAAGGUUGCUGCAGUGACAACAAUGGCAUCUGUUCCUGGGGUAAUUUCCAUAUUUGAGAACCUAGAUGAAGAGCACUUACCCAGUCCUCUCCCCUGUCAAUUUACUUGCUUAGCUAUUCAGUGGCAAGAGCCUUACUGUAAUGGCUCUGACAUCACUGGCUACAACAUUGAAUUUGGCGAGCAACAGCUUAUAUCUGUUGAGAGAGUCACCACCUGUGUUCUGGAAAAUCUGCAACCUGACACCAUGUACAGGAUUAGGGUUCAAGCAGUUAACAGCAUUGGUGCAGGUCCUUUCAGUCAAGUUUUGAAAACCAAAACCAAAGCACUACCUCCAGAUCCCCCACAUCUUGAAUGUGCCGCCUUUGGACACCAGAGCCUUAAACUGAGGUGGGGAGAAGGACCUAGCAAACCUCUGCUCACCAGCUCCAUACUGUACUGCUUACAGAUGGAAGACAAAUAUGGCAGGUUUGUCUGUAUCUACAGUGGCCCUUGUCAUACCUACAAGGUUCAACGGUUAAGUGAAUCAACUGCCUAUCACUUUAGAAUACAAGCACACAGUGCUUCAGGAGAGGGUCUGUUCUCACAUGUUUACACCUUUUCUACUACUAAGUCACCUCCACCACAGCUAAAAGCCCCCAAAGUACAGAAAUCAGAAGAAAAUGUUUUUGAAGUUACAUGGGAACCACUGCAGCCAAUGAGAGGAGAUGUUAUUGUCUAUGCUCUUCAGCUUCUUACUGGCCGUGGUACUGAGCAGGUGUAUAAAGGUCUGGAAACAUCAUUUGUUUUCCGUGGACUUCCACUAAGCUCUGAGUUCCGUUUCAGGGUGGGUGCUGGUCGUCAAUAUAAAGAAAAUGGCAGCACACAGGAAUUAUGGGGUCAGUACAGUCCCAUCAGUACCAUCUUUACACAACAGCAGAGCACCUUGCCCAAAGAGACUAUGCCAACAGCAUGUGAAGAGCAUUCUCUGUUCCGGGGAACCCCCAUAAGCGAUGAACAAUGUGCAUUGCUUCUCUUACUUGGCUUUGCAUUAAUUGCUGUGUUGUUUGCAGUUGUCAUCCAGUAUUUUGUGAUCAAGUGAGCCAAGACAAAUAGACAAGAAAUGUAUUCAGUAUGAGAAAAACAGCUGAGAAAAAAACAGAAAUGGGACAUUGCUUAGAUAUUUGUACUCUUACGAAUAGGAAGUGGUUAUGUUUGUAUAGUGCAACGAUUUCUUUUAUUGCUGCUGUUUGAUGAGGAAAAAAGGGUUCUUAAAUAUUUGAUAUAUUUUUAUAUUGUUACUGUUGGAACAUUUUCAUGUCUCUUUUUGUUUGUUGUAUUGUAUUAUUUAAUUGUAAGGGUACUUUUGACCUGACAGAAAUUUAAGAUUACUUUUUAGAUUUUGUUGGGAGAGUAAAGAACAGCCUUAAAAUCACAUACAAGCACAGAGCUAACAUAUUUUGCUUCAGAACCAGCCUGAAAACAUGCAGCCUAAAACAUCUAAUUCCUGCAAAAUGAUGCAUAGAUACAUGUUAACUGUAGAGACUUGGUUUGCUGGUUGAAUCCACUCAAGGGGUGUUCAGCAGAAAUCCUUUUCCAAAUGUAGCUGUUCCUAUGUAAUGGUUAUAUACUGUCUAUUAAUUUAUUAAUAAUGAAUCAAGGACAGGGUGCCAAAGUUUUAGUAUUUCUUCAUUUUAUACCAGUCCUCUCUGUAAGAACUUACUUCCUGAUGUUUUCUGCCAUUGUUAGUUUUUUUAAUAUGCAAAGAAUAACAUUUAGAAUUGUAUGUGAAGUGAUAUAAUUUAUUACACAUAUAUUUUAAAAGCAGGCUGUUGUUAAUAAGCAUAACGUUCUCUCCAAUGUUUUCAAUUAAUCAUAAAUGAAAAAAAAUAUACUGACCGUGUUGUGCACAAACUCUGCAAUGUUUUAUGAAAAAGACUUGUUGUGUUUGUUUCAAAAUAUCUAAAUAUAUAUAUAUACUGUGU